AUGACCUCCAUCGUCAACGGAGCUACCCCCGCCCCCAAGCAGAUUCGUUUCGUCCACAACCAAGGCCAGCCGCCCUCAAAGAGACGAAGGAUCAACGCCGCAUGCUUGACCUGUCGCAAGCGAAAGACGAGGUGCGCCGGCGAGCGCCCCGUCUGCUCGACCUGCACAAAGAACGGCCACACGUGCUUGGGCUACAAUGAAGUGAUUGAGAAGAAGACAGCCGGUGGCGCCAUCGCCACCAGGGAUCCCCGCCAAGACGAUGACGACGACGACGAAGACCAAGACGACCACCACCACCGCGACGAGGAGGAACAUGUCGAUGAGAAGCACAAUUGGAAGACGCCGGAUAGCGGCCGACGUCCUUCGGUGACGCACAAACCCGCCGGCGAUGCUGCCUCGCGGACGAGCUCAGAAGCGGCGACGAGGCAAUCGCCUACCUUUGUGAGGCGAUCGUCGGAGAACAGCACACGAGACCACGAGCGCCGACGGCCGUCCAAUCCGCGAACAACUUCGUUCUCUGACGAUGCUCGAAGCACGCAGAGCCGGUCGCCCACGUUGCACCAUACCGAGCGGCAUCGAGUCCCAUACUUUCGCUAUUUCGGGCCGACGGCCAUCGUCCCUGGCUACAAGCAGAUGGUUGUCUCUGUCCGGGAUCGGAGGAGAAGCACGGGAGGCUCUGCCACAUCGCCCAGCUCCGGGUCCAGUAUGGUCCAGUCGCUGGGGAUGGCCAUGUCCGGCAUGGCGCAGCAUGACGAGGAGGUCGCCAUUGAUGAGGACCUGCCGUUCUACGACCCCAACGAUGUUGCGCCAGUCCACCCCCUGAUUUUGCACUUGGUCAAGGUCUUCUUCCUCCAUCUGGGUUGCAACUACCCCUUCUUGAAGGAGGACAGGUUCACGCAAAUGGUGAAGGAAAAGCGCGUAGAGCCGAUACUUGUCGACGCGGUAUGCGCUCUGGCCGCUCGCUUUUCCGAUUCACCGCAGCUCGCUCAUGGCAAGGACGAGGAAGCAUCACAUGCUGAGCAGGGCCAGUACUACGCUCAGAGGGCCAAAGCUGCCACGGUCGACACCUUCCCGUGCCCCUCAGUCGGCGCCGUUCAGGCAUUGCUGAUGAUGGCAUAUGAAGGCUUCGGCGCCGACCAGGACAGUGCUUUGUGGAUGUACCUAGGUCUGGCUAUCCGCAUGGCCGUCGACCUCGGCCUACAAAAGAGAGUCGGGGUGCAAUAUCAAGGGGAGAAAGACCCUUGGUACACCCGGCAAUGGGGCAGCGAUGUGGGAGACGACGAGGAAGUUCAACCCGACGACAACGGCCUCACCCAUGAGGAGCAAGCCGAGGUCGAACAAGAGCGCACCGACACGUUUUGGGCCGUCUUUAUCCUUGACCGACUCAUUUCUUCUGGAACCGGCCGACCAGUGACCUUUCGUGACGAUGACUUUGAGCUGGCUUUACCUGUCCCGACUCUUGACCCUACAUCAGGCUGGCCGGCCCCCUUGCCAAUCGUUAUCCAAAUCGUCCACCUGUACGGCCGCGCAUCUGACGUCCUCAACACCCUCCGCAACUCCAGAGACUUGACCCAAGAAAAGUGGGCAAACCUUUCAAAGAUAGAGCACGAGUUGACCAGGCUCUACCAAAAACAGGAUCCCAGACUGCACUUCAGCGUUGCCAACUUCAAGACCUACCUAAAGGCCGGCCAGGGGACAAACUUCAUUCUUCUCCAUUUCUGGUUUCAUGCGCUCAUCAUCAUUCUCCACCAGCCUACUCUCUUGAGCCCAUUUGGCUCACUGAACCGCAACCACCAGCUCCUCCCCAACAGCCGUGAACUGUCCAUGUCCAGUGCAAAGACGAUCGCCGACAUACUGGCGUUUGCAGAGCUCAUCGACCCCAAGAGCUUCGUCGGGAAUCCCUUCACAUCGCAACCCAUGUACAUUGCUGCAUGUGCCUUUCUCAUGGAGUCCAUUGCCAAUGCGUCGAAUCCCACCUCGCGAGAAACGUCUCCGCCACCUGACACGAAGACGGAGGGCCUCAGGCCGAGGGCUGAGCAGAAGCCAACGACGAAGCACUCUCUGCUUGCAUCCGCGGCUAACCAGAACUACUCGCGCUGCUACAAAUCACUGCAGCAGCUGCACAAAUACUGGGGCGGCAUCAAAUAUAUCCUGACAGCACUCGACCAAAAGUCCAAGGGCAUCUGGGACUGCGAGACGUAUACCAACGAGGAGUACGAGAGCGCCAAGAUCCCACGGCGCGGAUCCAUCAGCGGCCGCUUCCCGACAUCGCCAAAUAUGCCACCAAUUGCGUGGUCAUUGACAGGCACAACCAACUCUCCCCCUAGCCUUACGCUCAUGUAUCAGAACAUGCAGGGCGCGUCUAGUCACCAAACCUUUACGCAGUCUCAUUCCAACAUGCCAAACUCUGCUCCCACGCCGCCUGGGAACAUGAUUUACGACCCCAUCCGCCAAAGUCUCCCCGAACCUCCACCACACUCCAUCUUCGCAACGGUGCUGCCGCAAGCCGCAACAUCAGCUAUGCGGCACACUUCACGACCCAAUAGAUCACAACGCCUGUCGACCUCUUCGAUGGGCAGCCCCCAUAGACCGCAUAUACGUUUCGACAACAUGGGCAGAGACAUGCCAUCGUCACCAGCAACAGCCGGCAUGCUGGCAGCGACUUCAGCGCCGCAGCAGACCUCAUACACGCCCACGUCGCAGAAUUCGUCGAAUUACGAGCAGAACGUGAUACCCUCCGUCUCGCCAGGCGGUAUGCAGCACGAUGGCAUGCCCUCGCAGCACCACCACAUGUCGCAGCAGGCCAUGUACGAUUCGGCAUUCCCCAACGGAACGUAUUCGUACUUUGGGCAGGAUAUGAGGCCUAUCACGGAGAUUGUCACGUUUGACCAGCCGAUCGACAUUGGCUCUCUGGGCUUGCCGGAUGAGAUGAUGCCGCAGUCGUGGCUGGAGUACCUGCCGGGCGAUGUUUUGAGCAGCUUCUUUGAGAAUAACGACGUGGACCCGGGGAGCUGA